AUGGCUGUUCGUUGCAUUGUCCAGGUCGAGCCUGCGAGUGGCCAGGGCCAGACGGUCGUCGUCGAGGUCCGGCAAGAAGGCAAACACCCUCUUGACGUUCGGCUGGUGGGCUGCGAGGGAGAAAGUCCCUAUGUGACGACGAUUCAGCAGCGCAAUCUCGGCAAGUUGAAACAAAAGUUCAAGGGUAGCGAUGAUGAGUGGCUCACGCUGUUGUCGUACUUUCUACUCCAAACACCACCCAGGGAAGAGCAAAUACAGAUAUUGGCCGGCGUCCGACUGGUCUAUGUUCUGAACAGCGGCAGCCUAGAACUCUCUAUUCGGCAGGACAUUGGAGACAUCAAGGUCACGCUCGGAGAGAUUACACUCCCCCUCGACGAAGAAUAUGAAAUCAACCCGUUUGAAUGGGCGCAGACGUCGGCUGUUGCACAUGCGGAAACGCUGAGACAGGUUGCAGACUUGACGACGCGAGUCAACAGUGAAAAGAGCACCAUGGCCAAACUGGAUGCACAGCUGCAAGACUUUAUCAGAAACAAAACUGAGGCCGAGACGGCCAUGCUGCAGCAGUUUAUGCGAUUGCUCAACGAGAAGAAGAGGAAGAUUCGAGAUCAAGGGCGCCUCCUAGCCGAGGCCCAAGUCGACCUUGAGACAGCGUCUACGGUCAAGGCAUCAAGAGCAGCUACCAAGUCACGCAAGCCAGUCGCAUCCAGAAGCUCCAAGCGCAAAGCUCCCUUGCAAGCCACAGAGGUUGAUCAAAUGCGCGAGUCUGACAGUGACCAGAUGGAAAUUGACAAAGCCAAAACAGGGGAGCAAGAAGGGGAGGAAGCGCCUGCAGUCAGGACUCCAGAACGCAAUAGCUCUGUGACGGAUACUGAAGAAGAAGAAGAAGAAGAAGAAGAAGGAAAAGGAAACUCAGCACGAAUGGGGACAGGAGAUAAGUCGCCUACAGGUGUACGGGCAAGUUCAGUAGUGUCAAACAGGAAGGAUGAGGGAAAGGUAGCAGAGAGCAAAGGUGUACCACCGCCGCGGUCUUUGCCAUUUGGACGGGCUGGGACGGGAAGUGGUGCUGUCACGAGGAAGCCAGCAGCACCUGCGGAGAGUGAGGAUGAUGAGUCGACAGAUGACGAGGAACUGUGA